AUGAAGCCUGCAGAUCCCAAUUGCAUGUUCAGGAGAUACUGGGAGAAUGUUAACAAAGUUUUACCUCUUGAUUCCCCUGGUGGAAGUUAUAAAAAGAGAGAACUCCAUUUUGAUUUAGAAGAUUAUUUAGAAGUUGAAAGAGACUCAACAGUCAAUGCUUAUGAGAAAAGGGUUGUUGCAGAAAAGAGAUCAAGGAUAGAUGAUGGAUCAGAGAAUCCACAAUACAUACCUAGAUUCCAUUCAAUGAAUCAUACCACAUUAGUAGACAAUAAAAUAUAUGCAAAAACUAUCGAUAAAAAUCGAAAUAUUCUUCCGGAUAGAUCUAUAAUAAAUACGAGAGUUUGCACCAAUGAUAGCCAAGGAGACGAAGAACUAAUGUCUAACAUUCUCUCUGAAAUAAGAAAUAACAUCCAAACUAUUUCUUGUGACAUAGAAGAAAAGUACAAAGGUUAUGGAUGUAAAUCAUUGUACCAAAAAAAUAUGAAUGACGGGUACGAAUUUUAUAAUAUACCAACGGUCUAUUUGCAAUGUGAUCAAGACAUAGUGGAUUUAUACGGGUGGAGAUAUGUAAAUACACUAGGUGAGGGUUCAUACGGAAAGGUUUAUUUAGUUAGAAGUGAUUAUACUGGCGAGGAGCGUGCAUUUAAGCGUAUGAUGCUAGAUGAGGUAUUAGGCCUUACUCCCACAAUUUUGAGAGAGAUUUAUGCUUUAACAGUGUUAAAACACAAAAACAUAAUCCCAUUGGACAGAAUAUACUUGGGAGACUGCAGAAUAUAUCUAUCAUUUCCAAAGAUAAAUGGAGGGAAUAUAAGACAAUAUAUCGAGAGAUAUUACCCAAAUGGACUACCAAUAGAAAAAGUGAAGGAAGUAUCUAGGCAGUUAAUUGAUGCUCUUUCCUAUUGUCAUUAUAAGCAAAUUAUACACAGGGAUAUAAAACCCGAGAAUAUUUUGUGUAUAAUUUCAGGUGAUCACGGUAAGGCUGACAUAGAGUUGCUCAAGAAGGUGUCAACUGAUUUGUACAAUCAGUUAUCUGGAAAAAACUUAAUAAUUCCUGAUCAGCUAUCGAUCAGUAGCAAAGUUUGUACAAGUAAAGAUUUGGAAUUCGUGGUUUUAUCAGAUUUUGGGCUAAGCAGAAUACAGAAACCCUUUGAUAUUCCACAUGGAGGGAACCCAAUCAUAAAUAGUCCAUUAUCUCCGGAGGUCAUUACACUAUGUUACCGACCUCCUGAGUUGUUAUUAGGCGACUAUUAUUAUUCAUACCCUGUGGACAUUUGGUCUCUGGGAUGUGUUAUAGUAGAAAUGAUUACAGGAAGACCACUAUUUGAUAAUACCUCAGAACUGAGCCUCCUAUUAGAAAUUUUCAAGAAAUUUGGAAAACCAUCUAUUGAAGAUUGGCCAGAAGCAGCUUCCCUUCCUUUUAUGAGUUUUGAGUUACCGGAAAUGAACAAAAACCCGAAUCCAUUUGCCAUAUUCAAGGAAUGUGGAAAAGUAAUUGACGAUUUGUGUAUCGACCUCUUAUCGAAGUUUGUAAAAAUAUAUCCAAACAAUUACAUAUGCAGAAUGUUGAUGCUAAAUCCAAAAAAGAGAAUAACGGCUGGAGACGCUUUGAUGCAUGAGUGGUUCAAAACGCUAUGA